AUGAUUGUAUCUGGGUUGAGUGGUACGCUCUCAAGAUGCCCCCAAUUACCUCCUCGUUGCCUAGAAUCACGCCGUGUUCGGGUCAGACCUUUUUCCGUGGCUACUAGAUGUAUACAAGGGACUACAUUUCCCGGAGUUGAAAGAACAAGUUUUUCAUCUCCUAGAAUAAAAUGCAAUAGACAACAGGUUCAAUUAGUUAGAAGUGCCACGGACGCUUCAUUUGGUGAUACGUCAAAUGAUUCUACGGCUGUUUUCCCAAGAAUUAGUGUGAGUGAUCCGUAUAAACGACUUGGAAUAAGCAAGGAAGCUUCUGAAGAAGAAAUUCAAGGAGCUAGGAACUUCCUGAUCCAAAAAUAUGCAGGGCACAAGCCAAGCGUAGAUUCAAUUGAGUCGGCUCAUGACAAAAUAAUCAUGCAGAAAUUCUAUGAGCGUAGAAACCCAAAAAUUGACUUCAAGAAAAAAUUUAGGGCAGUCAAUCAAUCCCGAUUUGUUCAGGCUGUCAGAGGCAGAUUUCGCAUUCCAUCCACCAUAUUCAUUAUAAAAACUUCACUGGCAUUUUUGUUACUUGGUGUUCUGACUGUCUUCUUUCCAACUGAGGAAGGACCAACACUUCAGGUAGCUUUAUCUCUUAUUGCCACAACGUAUUUCGUAUAUGAUCGGCUGAAGAGCAAGUUAAGAGCUUUGUUUUAUGGGGUUGGAGCGUUUAUCUUUUCGUGGCUAUUGGGAACCUUCUUGAUGGUGUCAGUAAUUCCUCCUAUUCCUGUAAUUAAGGGACCAAGGGCAUUUGAAGUGAUCACAUCAUUGAUAACAUAUGUUUUAUUGUGGAUUUCAUCAACCUAUCUUAGGUGA